GGGCGGGGCGAGGGCGGGGCUGCGGUCCUUUAUCAUCAGAGCCCGGCCCGCCCUCCCCAGACACACGGACCUUGAGCAGGGCAGAUCGGCUCGGCCUCAGCCCGCCCGCUCAGCAGUGGCCUAGACAGCUCCACCCAGCCUGCCUCAGGAAUGGAGUCCCUCCCUGAAGGAGUCCUGAUCCGAAUCCUGGCUUCCAUACCUGCGGUGGAUCUGGUGCUGGUGUGCCGCCUCGUCUGCUGCCAGUGGAAGAACCUGGUUGAUGGAGCUGCACUUUGGAUCCUGAAGUGUCAGGAGGAAGGCCUCACCAGAGCAGAGUCAGAUACAGAGAACUGGCAAAACUUCUAUUUCCUGAGUAAGAAAAGGAAGAAUCUCAUCAAGAACCCAUGUGGUGAAGAAGACUUGGAGCACUGGGGAGAGGUAGAGAAUGGAGGUGAUGGCUGGAAAAUUGAAGAGCUCCCAGGGGACUUUGGCAAAGAAUUUCCUAGUGAAGAAGUCCAUAAAUACUUUGUUACAUCUUAUGAAUGGUGUCGAAAGGCUCAAGUCAUUGACCUUAAGGCUGAGGGCUACUGGGAAGAGCUGAUGGAUACAACCCAGCCUAAAAUCAUGGUAAGAGACUGGUAUGCAGGACGCAGUGAUGCUGGCUGCCUCUAUGAGCUGUGCGUGAAGCUGCUCUCUGAGAAUGAGGAUGUGCUGGCUGAGUACAAAAGUGAGACUGUCACCAUCCCACAGGACAGUGAUGCCAAUUGGACUGAGGUGACACUCAUCAGCAAUGCUACAAUCUUCCCCUACACAUACAUGAGGAGCAGCUGCCUGCAGAGACCUUUGACCCGCCUGAAUAACUGAAUUAUGGCCAUUUUCCUGUCCUCCCUACUAUGCAGCCUGGCCAGGCAGCUCACCUGCAUCUCCAGAGAGCAUUAGAGCCAACCAAGAGGCAGAAGUGCUGCUAUUUUCCUAAUGACUUGUAUGCCAUGACCCCAGCCAAGCUCUACCAGGCUGCUUUCAAACCCCUUCUUUGCAUUCACUCCUUCAUAAGUCUAAUCACUAAUCAUGAAUGAUGUCAGAUAGGAGAAGAUGGGAUAGCCAAGCUGGAAGCAAUUCCUGUCCAGAUGAACUGAUACCUUCCUUUGGACCGUGAACAUAUGCUUCAUGCCUCAAUUCACUUUGCUUCUCUGGUCUUUCAAAAGUCCUUACGAAGACUUCCUGGGAACAAGUCCUGCUGUCCUGUUCUUGCAGGCAGAGCUUGCACAGCAAGCACAAAACAAAGUAGAUAGAGCACAAUAAUGGGAUGUAACUUACAACAGCCUGAGCAUACCAAUAGAGACAUAUAUAGAGACCCACACAGAGAGCCACAGUGUCUCCUCUCCACUCUUAAGUGUCCCAGAGAGAGGGCUCUGCUCCAGACACUGCCCUGCUUGCCAGAGCAGUGCUACAUAGCAUCUGUUUCACAGCCACAUCUGCAGCGAUGCCCGCUGUGCAAGUCCCACCCUCUGACCUAUCCUGAUCAUGACACCAGCAAUCACUCCUUUCUCUGGGUCUUUUCUUCCUUGCUCAUCAUCCCAACCCAUCCUGGCCUGCUCCCACAGAAAGCUCUUCUUCAUCAAUAUGCACAGCAGCACCUGUCUCACCUGCACAGGGAAUCAGGAGUCUGAGGUUGGUCUCAGAGACCACAUAGCCCAAUUAAAUACUUGAUACUAUCACAGUCCUGCCUGGAAAGAGAUCUGGAGAGAAAUUACCCUGUAUGUAACUGCAAAUUACUAGAAAAGGAUGAACAGAACCUUUAGAAAACAGCAAAUGUCCCAUAAAGAAACAACAUGCAGGGCUUGCAACACCUGUGUUUGUACAGAGUGCUAGGGCCAGAAAAAGAGAUAAAAGAGCAAAACUCCAGUGAAAAGCAAACUCAGAGUUCUUCCUGGCAUGUGCAGGAAUGCAAGUGAAUGCCAAAAAAUCUGAUGGUACUACUUCAAUAUCCUUGGUACUUUGGGGAUUGGUAACCUCAAAUAGAUCUAGUCCCAGGCUGAGCUGCUGGACUUCUUCCCAGCAUGGUCACCAGGAAUUUUGUGUAUCCCACUGCAGUCUUCUCAUCCCAUGUUCACAGCCAGAGAAGGAACCAGGUGAUAGACAUCAAGGACAGCUUCAAUUCAAGACUAGACACCAUCAAUCACAUAAUGAGUUAAUUGACAUAGAGUCCACUGGGGCAUUUAUUUGCCACUUGGAAAUCUUUUAACCACAGCUCUGAAGACUGUUUAAUGACAGGGAUGUUUCUUUACACUCUCUUCCUUAGGAAUUAAUUCUAGCACCUUCAUUAUAAAGAAUAAAUAACUAAGGUACAUGACAAAGGACUCCUUGAAAGUCCAGGGGGCCAAACUUCUCCUGUUCCUAGAGAGAUUCCAGGUUUAAAAAAAAAAGAAAAGAUGUCACGUUCCUGAAGAGAUCAGUGAAUAAUGAACAGGAAAUCUUUUUCCCUGCACUAAGUCAGUGGAGCUCCAUGAAUAAUUCACACUUGCUACAAGGAAAAAAAUGAAUAGAAAUGCUUUCCUGCCUCCAGCCCCUUCCCCUGUGCCCGCACCACACCAUCCUCCAGGACUAGCAUAGCUGAGCAUAGGGGUUUCUCUCCUAGAAGUAAAUA